UUAGAAACAAGGAGUGGUUUUACACGCAGCAUGGUGACAUGCAUGUCACGUGAUAACUGCACGUGUAUAUAUUACCCUGGCAGAGUUGUAUCUUUCCACUUCGAUAUCAAGUCAUUCUUCGUCGACCCAUCUACAGUCGUAGCAAGCCAGCACCAUGAACUCCGUCAUUGUCUUGGUAGCAUGCCUGGUGGCGGCCGCUGUCGCCGAGCCUAUUGGCUACAGUAAGGGUCUUUACGGUGGAUUUGGAGGAUUAGGAGGAGGAUUGGGAUAUGGUGGACUUGGAGGAUACGGAUUAGGCCUCGGACUUGGAGGAUUUGGAGGACUUGGAGGAUACGGAGGACUUGGAUACGGAGGACUUGGAGGAUUCGGAGGACUUGGAGGAUACGGAGGACUUGGAGGAUACGGAGGACUUGGAGGAUUUGGAGGAAUUGGAGGAUACGGAGGACUUGGAUACGGAGGUCUUGGAUACGGAGGACUCGGAGGGUUUGGAGGAAUCGGAGGUUUUGGAAAAUAUGGACAUUAUUAAUCUAACAACCUGACGAUGUUGAUAAAGACGAUGAACGUGCACCACCAGACACGUUUGUAUAUAUAGCCUUCUGAAUGUAUGAACUGUGAUGACGUCGACCUUGAAUAAAGCGCGCAUGCAACAUGAAA